AUGGGGGCUCCAGAUUACCGAUGCCCCGAAGAGCAGGAAAGUCUGCAUGUGAUCCAUGUUUUGGAGGACAGCCUUGGGCGGCACUUACAGAAUCCUGCCAACUUCCACAAUGCGGCGACAGAACUCUUGGACUGGUGUGGUGACCCAAGAGCGUUCCAGAGGCCCUUUGAACAGAGCCUCAUGGGGUGUUUGACGGUUGUCAGCCGCGUGGCAGCGCAGCAGGGCUUCGACCUGGACCUGGGAUACAGGCUGCUGGCCGUUUGUGCGGCAAACAGGGACAAGUUCACGCCAAAAUCAGCUGCACUGCUCUCGUCGUGGUGUGAGGAGCUGGGACGGCUCUUACUGCUGCGCCACCAGAAAAGCCGGCAAAACGACCCUCCAGGGAAACUCCCUAUGCAGCCGCCCAUGAACUCCAUGAGCUCCAUGAAACCUUCCCUUUCUCAUAGGUGCAUAUGUGACGGCUGCCAUCUUGACAGACCCCAGAGGUUGAAACGGGGACCACCCGAGCUGAAAGCUGAUGGGUCUUUCCCUUAUGAUUCUGUUCCGUGGCAGCAAAACACCAAUCAACCACCAGGUUCCCUGUCGGUGGUCACUACAGUAUGGGGCGUGACUAAUACUUCCCAAAGCCAGGUGCUGGGCAACCCCAUGGCAAAUGCAAACAAUCCCAUGAACCCGGGAGGAAACCCCAUGGCUUCCGGGAUGACAACCAGCAACCCUGGCAUGAAUUCGCCGCAGUUUGCUGGGCAGCAGCAGCAAUUCUCGGCCAAGGCGGGCUCCAACCAGCCGUACAUACAGCAGAGCAUGUACGGGCGCCCCAACUAUCCGGGGAGUGGAGGUUUCGGGGGAAGCUACCCAGGAGGUCCCAAUAACCCUGCAGGAAUGGGGAUCCCGCCCCACACCAGGCCGCCGGCUGAUUUCACUCAGCCAGCUGCCGCUGCUGCCGCUGCAGCGGUCGCCGCAGCAGCAGCUACCGCCACGGCCACAGCCACGGCAACCGUAGCAGCCCUUCAAGAAACGCAGAACAAGGAAAUGAACCAGUAUGGACCGGUUUGUUCCUCUUUCCAGAUGGGUCCAACUCAAGCGUACAACAGCCAGUUCAUGAACCAACCUGGCCCUCGGGGGCCAACCUCCAUGCCGGGCAGCAUGAACCCAGCCACCAUGGGAGCGGGCAUGACGCCUUCCAACAUGAGCGGGCCCCCUAUGGGCAUGAACCAGCCCAGGCCGCCUGGAAUGAGUCCCUUCAACCACGGGCAGCGGAUGCCCCAGCAAGCUUACCCUGGUCCACGCCCCCAGUCUUUACCCAUGCAAGGCAUGAAGAGACCGUAUCCAGGAGAGAACUUCGACAUCCUUGUGCCAGUUACAGACACUUUUCUGCUGAACAAGGAGUCGUGCAGCUUCAAAGUGGGAAGCAUCGAGCUUGACACCUCAUCCGUUCCAACCAAUCACAGGUCAGACUUGGAGCUUCAGUUCAAGUGUUACCACCAUGAAGACCGGCAGAUGAACACCAACUGGCCAGCCUCGGUCCAGGUCAGCGUCAAUGCUACACCGCUCACCAUCGAACGAGGCGACAACAAGACAUCGCAUAAACCCCUGCACCUCAAGCACGUCUGCCAGCCGGGAAGAAACACAAUUCAAAUCACCGUCACCGCAUGCUGUUGUUCACACCUGUUCGUGUUGCAGCUCGUACACCGGCCAUCAGUCCGUUCUGUCCUACAGGGCUUGCUAAAGAAACGUCUCCUUCCGGCUGAGCACUGCAUCACCAAAAUAAAGAGGAAUUUCAGCAGCGUGGCAGCCUCCUCGGGCAACGCGACCCUCAAUGGCGAGGAUGGGGUGGAGCAGACAGCCAUUAAAGUGUCUCUGAAGUGUCCAAUCACAUUCCGACGGAUCCAGCUACCAGCAAGAGGCCACGACUGCAAACAUGUACAGUGCUUUGAUCUGGAAUCCUACUUGCAGCUGAACUGCGAACGGGGGACGUGGCGUUGUCCUGUAUGCAAUAAAACAGCUCUGCUGGAAGGUCUUGAAGUUGACCAGUUCAUGUGGGGCAUUCUGAACGCCAUACAGAACUCAGAGUUUGAGGAAGUCACAAUCGACCCGACGUGCAGCUGGCGGCCGGUGCCAAUCAAGUCUGACAUUCACAUCAAAGACGAUCCCGAUGGGAUGCCUUCCAAGAGGUUCAAGACCAUGAGUCCAAGCCAGAUGAUCAUGCCCAAUGUGGUGGAAAUGAUUGCAGCGCUGGGCCCUGGCCCAUCACCUUACCCAUCAAUCCCACCUCCGCCAGGGAGCACCAAUUCCAGCGAAUACAGUAACCAAGGCAACAGUUACCAAGGUCACAGCAAUUUUGAUUUUCCGCACGGGAAUCCCGGUGGAACUUCUAUGAACGACUUCAUGCACGGGCCCCAGCUGUCGCACCCUCCUGACAUGCCCAGCAGCAUAGCGGCCCUCGACAAACCCCUCAGCCACCCCAUGCAAGACCCCAUCCCUCAUCCCGGCAGCGCUGAUCAGUCCCAUAGCUCCAUGCAGCAAGGUUUGCACGUACCUCAUCCCAGCAGCCAGUCAGGGCAGCCAUUGCAUCACAGCGGUCCACCCACCCAGCAGAGCCGGCAGCCGCCACAGGCCGCUCCUAGCAACCAUCCACACAAUGACCUUGCCUUUAAUCCCGCCUCAGCCUUAGAGGGCCAGGCUGCUGGGCAGGGUGCGUCCGACAUGCCGGAGCCUUCGCUGGAUCUGCUUCCUGAACUCACGAAUCCAGACGAGCUCCUUUCGUACCUGGAUCCUCCUGACUUACCAAGCAAUAGCAACGAUGACCUUCUCUCUCUUUUUGAGAACCAACCUCAGCCUUCUCGCGUGUUCCUAUUGUCCACUUCCAUUACACCUUUUCUCACGCCAGCUUUUGACACGCCUGUAGCUUCUUCACAUUGGUGCGAGGAAUCCUUAACACCGCCUUCUUUUCCUCACUUGCGAGGACGAGCCUCGUAGCUGGAGGGAACGAUGCACACUUUCUUCGUCUCGGAACUGGCUUGCUUGCGUCAAGCUUUGCAAAUUGUGCAGUGGAAAGAGAGAGGGUGAGAUGGGGGCAGACCUCCAGGCCCCGCCAUUCUACAUCACAGACCGUUUGCACGGAUGCAAAAAAACCUCACCGGUUAGGUCUGCAGAAAAAUAGUGAACGAGGUUUGGAGAUGUGCAGCAUGAAGUAUACUGGUCGAAGCCAGUCUCACCAAGGGAAGAAAAGGCAACAGAACUAUUCUAAAAUAUCCCGUUUCGGAAUGUCCUUCCAACUGUGUUCUUCCGUGUGUUUUCUUUCUCCCCACCCCCCACCCCCGCUUUAUGGUGUGGUGUUUGUUCCACUGUUUCCCUCCUCUCCCUCCUCCAAUCUGUGCAUUUGGGUCAGGCAGAAUGAGAAAAGAAUCGAUUUAGCAAAGUGUUCAGACUAGCCAAACAAGCUUAAACCACAAAACACAUACCAAAAAAAAGCACAAAAGAAUCCAUAAAGAUGUCACAACUAUGAUAAAAAAACACAAAACUCACCAACGGGAGGUGUCUAUUCCUUAGGCGGUCAUUUCUAUGGGAUGGAAGAGUCCUCUGGAUCUCUGGGCUGCAGCAACGGUGGUUUUUCUAAAUUGUAGCAAUUUUUUAAACAAAAACUAAUCUCCCGGGCCUUUGCUCGAACACAGAGACUUGGAAACGGGCUUUCUUCUGUCUUUCUCUUUUUCCUUUUCUUAAUGGGGUUUGGCUUCAAAGGACAAACCAUUUUGUCAUCACGUUAGCAGGUCAACCAUCGAACGGGAGGGAGGGGGUUGAAUCAUAUCCCCAUAGGAAAGAGAAUAAACUUAUACCAAACGUUGGAUCUUACCAAGUGUUUUUGUCACCGGUGUAGUAAGACAGCCCUAGCUGGGGAGCAUGGAAGGUAUGACAGGAGAUCAGCAAGAUGGUAAUAAUAACUGCUCCCAGUAGGAUUUGAUGUGGGUGGCUUGAAAGAGGCAUUUGCAAUGAUAAGUUUAUUCCUCUGAAAGUCUCUCAAAACUCUCAAAAGUUUAUUCCUCUGAAAGUCUUGUUGGUCUGUAAGGUGCUACUGGACUCCACUCUAGCUGUCCGAUACCUCCCCGGAGUUUUUUUUUCUUCCUAUCUGUUGUUCAGAUGGUGACAUGGCAUUUGGACUUUUCAUUUUCUUUCUUCCAAGUUGGUUGAAAUUUUUUAGCUGCCAGGACUGUUUUCUAAAUAUAUAUAUAUAUAUAUAUUAUUUUUCCAAGGACAAUAGGCAUGAGAAAUAUAAGUCCCUUUGGUACAAACCGUACCGCGGCCUCUCCUGCCACAGUUCUUCUGUGGUCUUUGUGCUUCUCACGUGGUUGUCUCCCUCCUGCACGAGCUUCCCGUCCCUCCCAGGGCUGUUUCCGAGCUCUCGGUCAGUCUCUCGUAUCAAUGAUGUAAAGUAUCUGUAUGUCAAGACGUGCGUGCGUGCGUGCCAACUCUGCCCUGGCGGGCCAGCAUUUCGUCUUCUGCCCAGUGUGUGAAAAUCUUGCUUCUUUGUGAAUAAUUAAAAACAAAAAACAAACCUUAA